AUGCCGCCGCCCGUGCACCCCCCCCGUCGCCAUCAAACGCACGAGCACUUCUGUGUGUGUGUGUGUGUGUGUGUGUGUGUGUGUGUGUGUGUGUGUGUGUGUGUGUGUGUGUGUGUGUGUGUGUGUGUGUGUGUGUGUGUGUGUGUGUGUGUGUGUGUGUGUGUGUGUGUGUCCGCAGUUAACAACAUACCAGUCAUACCAUCCCGUAAUGCGUUGGCCAGUUGGCAUAACGAGGUGCACGGGACGUCUCUGUCGCAGGCCGACUUCCACAGCUAUCGUUUCUCAGACGUUUGGGGCGGCUCAGACGCCGAGGCUACCCAGAAGGUGCACGACUUUUUUGAGUCACACUAUUUUGCAGAGAUUGCCCCUGUGCCAGGAGCGUUGGCAGCGCUGCAACAGCUGCGCAAAAGCUUUUCUCUGGCUACGCGCAACUGGAUCGCCAAGCAUUAUCCUGACAUCUUUGACGAAAUCUACUUUGGCAAUCACUGGGGCAUCACCGGCGAGAAAAUAAACAAAACGCUAGAGGCCGUGCUCCAACUCACACGCCCCGUGUCUGGAAUUUAG